AUGAGGUCAAUUUUAAGCCAAAAAGUAGGAUUUAAUUCUAAUUUUGUACUUUUGAAUAAUGGCCGCAACAUGGCCUUUCCUUCACACAACUCGGACAGCGCUUUUCCGCAGCCACAGUCUCCCAAUACCCUCAACUCUCCCACUUCUCCAGCCUCGGCCACAUUCGCCGACGAAAGCGAUCUCUUCGUGCAAGACGAACCGCAUGUUGGUGAGCUUCAUCUCGUCCCCUGCGCACUUGACGUGUACUUGGAUUUGCCGAACAAAGCAGAAGAUCGUUACGAACUUGUUGAAGGAAUUUUGUUUCAUCGACCCAACAUGGCCAAUACUCAACACGCGAUCAUAAAGGAAUUCCUCGUGACUAAGUUCAGGGCCGUCAAGCUGACCGGUAACAAUCGUGUGAAUAUCUACCCUGAGAUGAAAGUUAAGGUCUCUUCCGGGAAGAGUCGGUCGCCGAGCGUCCGAGUUCCGGAUGUUGUUGUGGGUCCGUACACUUCCUCUGAAAGCACCGGUAACGCAUCUCCCCGGUCACAGAAAAUCAUAUUUCACGAAGACAACAUACCACUCAUGGUAAUAGAAAUCACAAGCCCGAGCAACAGACUGACCGACAUGAACGCCAAGUCUGAGGAGUACUGCCGCACUGGGAUUGCGACAUAUGUUAUCAUAGACCGUGAGACGGAUCGCGUGAUAGUAAGAAAGCUAAUCCGAAACACCCGUUCUCGUCUUGACUACGACUCAGAGGUUGUAUACACAGGGGAUACGCUUGUGGACUGCUUUUUGUUCCGUGAACGUAACCUAACUGCAGAAAAGAUAUUUAGACCGCAGCAGACCGCAGAAGAGGCCGCCCAGUCACCGACCCGGAGAGAAGAGCGUGCAAAGGAAAGAGAACGGCGUGCAAAGGAAGAAGCGCAAGCAACUGCUGUAUCAGAACGGCGUGCAAAGGAAGCAGCCCAAGCAAAGGCAAAAGCAGCCCAGGCGAGAGUAGAUGAGCUCGAAAGGCAGUUGGAGGAAUUCAAAGGCGGCUCUACCGCGAAAGGUGGAACGCAUACGAAUUCCGUGGGGAAGCGCGGAUGAAAGUCAAAGGCGGCUCUACCGCGAAAGGUGGAAGGCAUACAAAUUCCGUGAAGAACGUCGAUAAAGGAUAGUAGGAUAGUCUAGGGUGCCCCAGAAAUGUCACAACUCGAGCAAACACUUCAUGUA